AGCUCCUCUCAGAAGGCAUCAGGGCCAGCUGAGAUGGACCCAGCCUGGCUGAAAUCCCCGCGUGCCUGGGAGAAAGCAUAUCAGGAUCACAGGAAAAAGGUGCAGAAUGCCCAGCCGCUGGUAGACACCUGCCCGCCGCCGACAUUCAGCCACCUCCACCUGAUGCUCAAGAGGCUGAAGCUGGAGGAGGAGAGGCUCUCUGCCAUCGACCGGGAGAACUGCCUGCUUCUGAAGAAGGUGGCCUCUGUCAUGAGGACCAGGCCGCUGACUGACAAUGGAAGGGACUCCACACACAGGAGGGAGCCAAAGGUCAUCCACAUGACACCUCAAGGCAGAGAAGAAAGAGGAUAUCAGCGUGGGACACCCCUUUUGCAUUUUGGCCUGAGUGAGUGGUCUCAUCGACCACAAACUGAACAGUUCUGUCCUGGACCAAUGGGCCAAGCACCCAGGCAGCACACAGUCUCAAGUACCACACUUCCCUCCUUGGUGUCUUGGUGUCUUGGUGCCUGGCAUCUGAGAAGGAGCCUGGGUGUUCGUCCAGGCUAUCAACUUAGCCCAGCACCACAUCGCGUGGAGGCCUGACCCCCACUCUAAAGGCCCUGAGCUCAGCACAGCACAGUGGGACUCUGCAGGCCUGUGCUCCUGACCUGCCCACUGGCCAUCUUCCCGCAUGGCACAGUCUCCCAUCUGGAGGGUCGUAUCGGUAUUUCUCACCACCGUGGACCACAGUCCAGCACCCUGGGGCUCCUAGUGUGUGCCCAGUGAGUACCUGCUGAGGACUGAGUAGUCCAGCAGAGUCAGUAAUGGCUUCCAGUUAUUUCCUUUUAAAGUUCAAAGAACAAUACUCAUGUUUUUCCUACACAGUUAUGUAUGCAAUUAAAAUUGUACCUCAUAUAUAAUCUACAUCCUGACAUUUUCUGCCUGACGUUAAAGCAAAAGACUUCUAUACCUCAUUAAAAUGUUUUCUAGAACAUUGAUGUAAGGGGCUCCUCCCAUCCAGGCCCUGUGACUGUUUCGCCAUUAGGUCUGCAGACUAGCUCAGUGCUUUCACUGCUACAAUGCUGGGGUAGACGUCUGUGCGUUGAGUUCUGUGUGGACUCUUCAGUCCUACUCUUCGGAUGGUGGAUGGAUUGGUGGCUUUCCUUUGGUUUUGACCUACAAGAUAUCUGUGUUGUCUGCACCAGCCUAACACUAGACCUUGCUGUGGCGUUCAACAGCUGUCCACUCCCUAGUCCUCUCUCCCCACUUCCCCCACUGCCAUGGCCCACCUCCCUAAACGCCCUCCUGUGCCCAUCUCAUCUUAGUGCUCAUCUUGUGCCCCUGGCCUCCCUCCACAUGCUGUGGAGCUGCAGAGUCCUUCUCAGCCCUACCUUGGGCCCGUCAUGCUCCAGAGCCACCUCCAGUCACCUUCUCAGCCUCCACGAGGUGGACGUAGUGCCUGCUCCUAGGGUUGCCCUGCUACAUGGAGUCGCUGGUCACGGCUCUGACACACAGCUCGGUGGCUCUGCGGUGGAGCACACCCACGCUGCCUGUUGUGACUCCGGCUUGCUGGGAGCAGUGUGCACACAGCACCUGGGACAGUGCCCAGCUCACAGCAGUGCCCCACUAACGUCCCGAGGCACCACACAACUGCCCCAUGGCUCCCCAUAUCAGAGAAUGUCCAGGACUCACCUGGUCACUCACCCUGACUCCCCUCCUGGCUCCUCUGUGCUUCCCAUGAAGGGCCAGCUGAGGAGGCAGCUGCCCUGGAUUCUUCCUCUCUGGCAGCUCUAACUCCAACAGAAGCAGCUUCUUGGCCCUGUCUUGCCAUCUCUGAUCUGUACUGCCACAGUGGGCUCCCAACUGUCCUGUCCCACCACAUCCUCUUGGAUCCAUUCUCUGUCUCCACGGUGAUCUUCCAGCAUUUCACAUCGGAGCAUCCUUUGAAGCCCCCGGGGGCUCCCAUAGUGAGCUGCACUACAGCCUUCUAGAAUAUAGCCUCCACCAACCUCACAGCAGCCUCCUGUGGACCUGGGGUCUCCUGCUUCCUCCCUGAAGCCCCACUCUGCCCUGGAGGGUCUUCCCGGCAUCUCCUCCAGCUGUGGCCAGCACCACUUCCUCAGGAAGCAGGGGUGCCCUCACCUUGUGAGCCCCAUUGUUAAUGCCCCACUGGCUGAGAGGCCUUCAUUUCCUCCCUAGCUGGGUUCCUGGAAGAGAACUGGAAUAUCAAACCUCUGUCCAAAGGCAGAGUGGCCACAGGCCCCGCCUGACCCUGGUGGCACUCAGCUCCUUUUGUGAAUGUGACUGUCACACAGGUCUUGCUCUCAGUACUUCAGUAAUUGUGUGUGUUCUU